AUGCGUACUUACGACGACGCCUUCAGCGGCCAGAAGAUCUACCCUGGCAAGGGCAAGCUAUUCGUCCGUGGCGACAGCAAGAUCUUCCGCUUCCAGCGUGGAAAGUCCGAGUCCCUUUUCCUUCAGCGCAAGAACCCCCGCCGCAUCGCAUGGACUGUUCUCUUCCGUCGCCAGCACCGCAAGGGUAUCUCUGAGGAGGUCGCCAAGAAGCGCACCCGCCGUGUUGUCAAGAACCAGCGUGGCAUCGUCGGUGCUUCCCUCGAUGUGAUUAAGGAGCGCCGCUCCCAACGCCCCGAGGCUCGUGAGGCUGCUCGCAAGCAGGCCAUCAAGGACGCCAAGGAGAAGAAGGCUGCUUCCGCCAGCGCCAAGAAGGCCGAGAAGGCUAAGAUCGCCGCCUCUAAGGGCGGUGCCCAGCGCAUCCAGAGCAAGCAGGGUGCUAAGGGCUCUGCUCCCAAGGUCGCCGCCAAGUCCCGCUAA